AUGGACGAUCGCCCUCCACUGUCGGAAAUCGAGCUGAAAACACUCUGUCUGUAUAACAUUCAUCAAUGGAAAACUGCAGAGAAAACAUACGAAAACUACAAAAAAGUGUGCAGUUGUCCAUCGAAGAUUGAAAAACUAUCAGCAGCAAAUUUCAAACGCCUAUUCAAUCAAUAUUCGAAAGAAUACCUCUUUAUGAGCGAAAAUGGAUUCCAUCUCCCACACUAUUGUUCCCAAAUCUGUGUUCAUUCCGAUUUUGUAGAGGGAAUUUCACAAAAAAGAUCAUAUGAAAAAAUUAGAGAGGCAUUCAAAGAAGGCGCUGUUGGAAAGGAGACAGUCGAGUACUUCUAUGAUGGAUUCCAAAGCAGAGCCGCCGCAAAGCAUCUCCAAUUCAGUGAUUUGCCGUUUGAUACUCUUCGAGUAGUUGUGAAAAAGCUGGAUUUAAAAUCAAUAUUGAAUCUUCGAAACGUGUCCCGAGACCUUCGAAUGAUUGUCGAUGAACAGAAACCGUCGUACAAAAAUAUUCGUAUUGAGUAUUUCACUAGCUCAUAUAUUAUCGUUGAGUUCAAUGAACAAUAUGUCUUGUAUACGGCUGAUGUACACCUACCACGGAUUCCUCUAACGAAAAAGAUUGUGCGCAGUGAUUUCAAGAAUAUUGCAUUCAAAGAUUUGCGUUUUGCAUUCAGAAAUCCCGAAAUUCGACUGGAUACUCUCCAUAUUCGAUAUACGGCUUUGAAAUUUGAAUAUCGAUUGUCACGAUUUCUCUACUCAUUAAAAUACCAAAUCCACGUGAAACACUGUUCAAUCGAUUUCGGGAAUGAAAAAGAUGUCAAGACCAUUCUACAACGCAUGAAACCAAAAGUUCUCAAUAAAUUGACUCUUCGUCGUGUCUCCCCUGAUCGAUCCGCCGAGGACAAUGAGAUUCAUUAUAUAAGUUUCGACUAUGUGUCAAGAAUGGAUCAAUGGAAACAAGUUGAGCAUGUCGAAGUAGAGAAAGCAAAGGUUUUAUCGAUUGAAAAGUUUUUUCAUCUGAAAAGAUUCGAAAUCGAAGUCGAAUCGAUCCCAAUGGAGAAUUUGCGAAGACUGAUAAAUGCUGCAUCUCACUCGACCAACUUUGAGUCAUGUAGAAUAUAUACCGACGAAUACCUAGAUGUUGGAUUCAUUGCGGCCGGGCUCAAACUGCAACCCGCUCCUUGGAAUUGUGACAACUCUCAUUUCUAUGAGAUCCCUGAAACCAAAAGUGUUUUAAAUUUCUAUCUGAGCCGCAAUAUGAUUCAUAUAAUCAAAAAAUAA